AUGCUGGUGGUGGAAUCCAUGGCAAAAGGAAAAGACACCGCAAGAAAGAAAUACAUGUUGAAAAAGGUCGAAUGCAUUGAUGAAAAUCAGGCGAAUGAUGCACUCAAAGAGGUGAUGGAGCUGUUGAAACUAAAGCAUAAGAAUAUUUGUGCCUACAAGGAAUUCUUUAUCAUCUGGGACAACAAGGCGAUUCGGAUGUUCUUAGGUCAGAUGGUGGAUGUCUUAGUUUACCUCCAUCGGCUCAAAAUUUUUCACCGCUCGGAAACCCUCAUGGCCGAUGAGAUAAAAUGGAAAAUCAGGGCUGAAGAAGAGCCCGAUUCUAAAUGCUGGAUGGCUCCGGAGGCGUUCCAUUUUUCUUUCAGUGACAAAUCUGACAUUUGGUCGUUGGGCUCUAUUUUGCUGGACAUGACUGCCUGUUCUCUCUCGGAGGUGAAAGAGCCCGUGUUGUUACUGCACAACAUUAAGAAGGAGGCCACAGCUCUUGAGGCGGCUUUGAGUGAGAUGAAGAAACGGAAACCUUCGCUGUCCUCUCUGCUUUUUCUGAUGCUGAAAAUUGAUCCUUCUGUGAGGCCCACCGCAGAGGAGCUGGUUGAAAAUCCACUUAUCCGAGAAUGCCUCAUUGAAGCCAAAUCUCCUUUAAUAAAGGUGGCGAAAAAACUUCCUCCAGGUUUCCUGGAUAUAAUUCAGACGAAUAGGAUCCAAACAAUUUUAGAAUUCAUGAUGUCUUACCCAGAAGUUGAGGAAGCGCAAGAAAAGGGCAUUGAACGUCUCAACAGCCUGUUGAAUGAGGGGGAAAUUGAUGUCAAGGUGUUCCUUCACCUGGUGGAUCCGGUGAUCGGUGCCAUGAACAAACACAACGAUUCCCUUGAGACACUGUUGGCUGGAUUUUCGUUGCUGCUCGGAAUCACCGGGAGAGCUGUCACUCAGAACUUGAACGUGGAGAUACUGGCUGAGGAGGACCAUCUCAGCUGCCUGCUGAAUUCGAUGAGGACCCAUCCAGACCACGAAGACCUGCUUUGCAUGAUCAUCUCCUUGUUUAUGAUUAUGUCCUCCAACGAAGCCGCUGCCGCAGCCCUCCGGGGAGCCAACAUUUUCACAGAUGUCUUGACCACCUUGUGUCGUUUUGCUCACAACAAAGAGCUCUGCCUUGCUUGCUGUGGCCUCAUUUGGACCCUGGCUGUAAACGUGGCCGACGUGGCCGAGAGCCCACUGAAAUACGCCACUGAGCUGGUCUCCGUCAUCCUCCACUUGCAUCUCCCCCACGUGGAAGUCGCAGAAAUGGCCGUCAGCGCUUUUUGGGCCCUUUCUCUUCACGGAUGCAUAGAUGAAGUCAAAUAUGAACCGUAUUCCCUGCUUCUGCUGGAAGCAAUGAGGCAGCAUCCGGACAGCGCUGUGUUGGUGAAAAAUGCUUGCCUUGCCCUGGCCAGCCUUCUGAGGACAUCCGAGUUAUCCGGUUUCCGAUUCAUAGUGACAGACCAGAAGGGUAACGGGAUCAUCCUGCUAAAGGAUUGCUACCAGGUCCACAGGGAAGAUCCCGAAGUGGUGGAAAACAUUUGUGUCCUGAUCGACGAGAUGUUUAAAUACAACGAAAUUGUGGUGGAGAUGGUCUCCCACAGCGUUACCGACAUGCUGAUAGAAAUGAAGAGCAGAUUUACUUCUAGUUUGGGCUUCUAA